AUGGACGCGUCUGUUUUCGGACAUGAUUGCACGCCAUCUAGUCGUGACCUCGACGCCGACGACGUCGUCGCCCUCGCCGCCCAGGGACUGAACCAGACUCUCGUCGUCGCGACCUUGCACACGUACCGCCUGUCGCGUGACUUUAUUCUCCAAGGCUAUGCCCCCAUCCAGCGCCACGCCGAGACGCUGUCCAUGGUCUGGACGAUCGUCCUCCUCUGCAAGCUCGCGCGACAGGCGAUCCUCGUGGCUUCGAGACCGACCGGCCUCCCGAAACCCGCGACGGACCGGCGCUCGCGGCGCAUCAAGCUGGCAAUUCCCAUGUCGUCCUGGGCUUCCGUCCACUUCGUCUUCAAGCCCAAGAAGAGGGGGUACCUGCUGAAGCUGGGCGCGUCCUUCCAAAACGUCAAGGUCCUGCUCGUCGUCGACAAGCCAAGGGGCUCGUCGGCCUCGGUCAGGCGGCAGGUGAAAUGCUACGGGGGGAUAUCCGCGCUGAAGAUCUCGACAGGCAUCGACGGAUAA